ACCCACAAUAACAACAAAGAAUUCAUGUUGUUACAUAUGGUGUCAGAAGUGAGCGUCUACUGUUACAUAUGAUGUCAAAAGUGGUUGAAGAAGUGGUGCUACUGUUACUGAUUCUACUGUUACAUUGUCAGAAGCAAUUGAAGAAGUGAUGUUGUUACAUUGGUAAAUUAUAUUGAAGUCUGAAAUCGUCAACGAAGUUACAGUGUUACUACAAGUGAUCAAGAAUUGUCACAUUAUCAUUGUAAGCAGUUUUCAACGUUUUUGAAGUGGUCUUCCACUGUUUACCAAGUACGUCAAGUUCUUGAAAGUCAUCUAUCUACACUCAAGUCAGAAGGGUUGCUGUAGUCAAGUCAGACGUCUUGUUCAAGUCAAGUCAUCAACGUGAUAAUUUUUAUCACCUUAUUUCGAUAUUGUCUCACCAAUGUCGAGUAAAUAUCGUCUGUGUGUUUUUUCUGUUUGGAUUUAGCCGAUCAAGUCUUAGUGUUUCUUUUCUACUGUUUGGAUUUAGCUGUUCAAGUUUUUUCUAUAUGGAUUAGCUGUUCAAGUUUUUCUACUGUUUGGAUUUAGCAGAUCAAGUUUAUUUUUGUAACUGUUCCUAAACUGUUCCUAAAGAUGUCUUAUCUAAAACUGGACAAAUUUCUACUCUGUAACAGGCUACUAGAACUAUUUUGAAUUUUUUCAACUUUUUGGAAUCAACAAAGUGAACUAUUUUUGUACUAUAUAUGUACUAUGAACUUUUCUUGGAUUACUAGAUGUCUCUAAUCAACUGAACAAAGCCAGAAUACAAGAAAGGGUAUUGUAAAUUAAUUAACAUUUAUCUAUUGUCAACUAAUGAAUUUAUAUUUUAUGUCAUAGAAAAUAUAUCAAAAUGUUAUGUUUUGAAGAAUAUCUAGCACUAGCGAGGGCGCAAGGCAUUAAGAAGAUGAAGAAGCAGAUAGCCUGGGCAAACACUCGAUUUGACCGAGACAUAGAAAAAGCAUUAGAAGCAUGGGACGAAGAAAAUGAACAACCCAGACUAGCUCAUGGAAAAGUAAUAAGAGAAUUAGAUGGUGAGACAGAAAUAGUGCAAAAAGAAGAAGAAAUGUCAGAUGGAGAUAAAGUAGAGGAGACUGUACAACCAAAAGGAAAGAGAAAAAAAAGAAACAGAAAACAGAGAGCAGAUAAAAGGGCUGAAACUUUGGAAAAACAAGUUGGCCUACAUGAACUAGAAUAUAAACAAGAACUAUUAGAAAUGAAAGCUAUAACAGACACAAAUGAACCAAAAUUAGAAAGUGAACAGACAGAAUUUAAAGCAGAACUUGAAGAAGUAAAUAUUGGCAACCUUUGGAAUGAAGAACAGAGUAACAUAGUCCAGGAAGAAUUGAAACCCAAGGAUAAAACAGAGGUUGAACUUAAUAAUGAUUUAAAGGUGACAGAUACAUUAGUAUGUCUUAAGAUUGACUCUUUUUUGAAUGAUACGCAGGUACACGAGAAUAUUAUUGAAAGUUGUAUCGUAAGUCCAUCAGAGAAUGGCAGUCAACAAGAAACAAGUCCAUCAGAGAAUGGCAGUCAACAAGAAACAAGUUCAUCAGAGAAUGGUAGUCAAAAUGAUUUAAUAAGCCCAUCAGUCAAUGGCAGUGAUGAUUUAAUAAGUCCAUCGGAGAAUGGCAGGAAUCAUGAUAAACUAAUGAUGAUUAAUGAAUCAGUGAACUUAAUAAGCCACAAUAAAGAGAACGUACCUAUUGAGGAGUUACUUAGAAAUCUGGAGUCAAACUUUAAAGAAGAUAUCCUAGAACUCAAGAAUAAAUUUAACAAAGAAAUGGAGAAAUUAACACAGAAAUUUAUGUGUGAAUUAGAAUCAAUAAAGAAGCACAAGGAAGUUAAGAAAGAUGAAACAGUAACUAGAAACUACAAUGUCAUUAAUGCACAGAAUGAAAGUAAAAGAAAUUUAGCAAAUUAUGAAUACAGUCAACAUGUUAAUAAGAAUGUCAUUAAUGUCAUUAAUGCACAGAAUGAAAGAAAAAGAAAUUUAGCAAACUAUGAAUACAGUCACCAUGUUUAUAAGAAGCCAAAAUCUAGAUGUUUUUACUGCGGAAAAACAGGUCAUUACCAAAAUCAAUGUUGGCAUAGGUUGGCAAAUCAGAGAAGAAACAAUUAUGUACACAGAAAGUCAUGUGAGAAAUACAGUAAUUUAAGAAAUGUAUCAACUUCAAAUCAGAAUAACAAAAGUGUGAAUAGGUAUACUAAUGGAAGUUACCGACGCAACACAUAUUAUGAGAGGCCAAAGCAAUGCCAUAAUAUUUAUAUUGAGUUGGUUGAUGAACCAAACCAACAUACACAAAGCAAGAUAACCACUGACGUUGUUCAGAAACCAGAGGAGAAUAUUAAAACAAAUGAAGUAACACAAGUUACACGAAAUCUAGGAAAUGAUUAUGGUAGCACAGCUAAAAGCUACAAUUUGAGGGAGAGAUGGCAUACAGGUCAUCGUCAACUGCACGAGAACGAUUACUCAUGCUAUAGAGGGUGCUAAGAUUAAAUUAUCAAUUUACAGUUUAUUAAUAUUAUACAGUCUGUAACUGUAAUAUAUAAAUAUCAAACAAUUUGUAUCAGUAAUAUAAAUUGUGUACUAUUUCAAAAGAUUGUAAACUGUAUUAUGUUAAACCUAUUCUAUACUAUUAAUUAACAGUGAAUAAAGUAAAUCAAGUAAAAGUUAGAGACUAUUAUUCCGCAUAACAAUAAGACGGAAGUCUCAAUGAUGAAUUGUGUGUUAGCCAUACCUGUGAAAGGCAAUGUUGUUGUGUUGUGACCUAGAUUUGUCUGAAAUGGGUCAACUAGGGGAGACAACAAAGUAUAUUAAUCAUGCGUCGUAAUAACAUGCCUUGAUGCUAAGGAAGUUUUUUACUACAUAGGAUAUAAUUAUUUAAUUCAUGAGUUGAAUUAAGUCUUUGAUAAUUUCAACUAUGUAUUAUAGUUUGGUAAUUCACUAAACUCAUUUGUCUUGUUUAUACAAUUACUUGGUAAUUGAAAUGUUUUUCUUUCUCAUAUUUGAAUACAUUACACAUAAUGCUUGUGCAUUAGUCUACAAAGAAUGUAUUUUUCCAUGUUUUUUGAGAUGUAUAAAAAUUUUGUUGUCUGGCACAUGAUCCUGCCCUACCAAUAUUGUAUUUAUAAAUUUUGUUACACAAAAUUUUAAUUGAAGGGGGGACGUGUCACAGACUGUAUAAUUAUGUAUCCUUAUUAUAUUGUGUUUUGCAUGAAUGAAGAGUACCUGGCUAGCGGAAGGACUGUCUGAGCGAUCGUCAUGUGUUGUUUCAUGCUUUUGGGUGAGAUCGCUCAUGUACGUAAGGGGAGAGAAAGUGGUGAAUAAAAGGGAGAGCAAAAAGGUGAACGGGUGUUGUGUGCUAGAACUUGAACCUGAGGACUGUGGCUGUGAAUGUAGGAUGUU